AUGCACGAUCUUAAAGCGGCUGGCCAUGUUGAGCAAAGCCUCGCCGUGCCCUCUCAAUCGCUUGGGGAGAAUACCAUCGCUAUCGAAGAUGAAGUCCUUUUGCAAAUGGCUGAGCAGAUUCCGGACUUCGCCAAUCUGGUCGAGAAAGCCCGUCGGGCGUCCACAUUUGAACACAACUUGACCAACUGGGAUGCAUUCAGGCUUUUCCCGAAGGCAGUUGUUUUCUCGUUUGUGUUGUCUCUUGCCAUCAUUAUGGAGGGAUACGACACUUCUCUGCUCGGCUCAUUUUAUGCCUACCCGACAUUCCAGAAGCGAUUUGGGGUUCCUUCUAAGGAAGGUGGCUAUCAAGUCACAUCAAAUUGGCAAACUGGAUUACAAAACGCGACCAAUGUGGGACAAAUACUGGGUCUUCUUAUUGCCGGUAUCAUUGCGGAUCGAUGGGGCUACAAAAAGACAAUGUUCGGCGCUCUGGUCUCGCUUAUCGGGUUUAUUUUCAUCAUGUUCUUCGCCAGCAACAUUGGAAUGCUCCUCGCGGGUGAGGUUCUCUGUGGAAUCCCCUGGGGUGCGUUCCAAACCUUGACAACUACUUAUGCCGCCGAGGUUAGCCCUAUAAUCCUGCGUCCGUAUCUGACCACUUAUGUGAAUCUGUGCUGGGUCACUGGCCAAUUCAUUUCAACUGGAGUUUUGCGAGGUCUCUUGGGCCGCACGGAUGAAUGGGGCUGGCGAAUUCCCUAUGCUAUUCAAUGGGUCUGGCCUGUUCCGAUCAUCGUCGGUGUUCUCUUUGCCCCUGAAUCUCCUUGGUGGUUGGUCCGUCACGGUAAGAUUGACGAAGCAAAGCGAUCGCUUACCAAAUUGGCCCGUCCUGGUAACUCUGAGUAUGACACGGAUGACGCUGUCUCACUGAUGAUUAUCACGAACACCCAUGAGAAGCUAAUACGGGAGGGUGUAAGCUACUGGGAUUGUCUGAAAGGAGUUGACCGGCGUCGUACCGAGAUUGUCUGCUGCGUGUGGAUGUGCCAAGUCUUCUGCGGUAUAUGGUACGGCGGCAAUAUUGUCUAUUUCCUGCAGCAAAUCAACUUCAGCAGCGACCAAUCAUUUGACUUCGGUCUUGGUGUCAAUGCUAUUGGAUGGUGCGGUACGGUGUGCUCAUGGUUUGUGAUGCAGCGAAUUGGUCGGCGAAAGCUCUUUGUUACUGGACUUGGCAUUAUGUUCACCGUGUUGAUGUUGGUGGGCUUUCUGGGUAUCCCAAGCCAAAUUACUCCCGGUCUUAGCUACUCGUCAGCUGCCCUCCUCCUGGUGUUUGUUUUCACCUACGAUCUCACGGUCGGCCCUGUCACUUACUGUCUCAUUUCCGAGAUUCCUUCCACGCGGCUGAGAAUCAAGAGCGCAGUACUUGCCCGCAACUGUUACAACAUCGCAAGUAUCAUAGCUAACUUCCUCAAUCCCCCUAUUCUCAACCCCACUGCCUGGAACUUGAAGGGCAAAGGAGGCUUCAUCUGGGCGCCCUUCUGUAUGAUUUGUUUUGUCUGGUCAUUCUUCCGCCUCCCUGAGCCAAAUGGCCGCACUGCGUCUGAACUCGACAUUUUGUUUGAGAAGAAGGUCUCAGCUAGGAAGUUUUCUGAGUUUAAGGUCACUCCAUUUCGCUCCAACAACUUUGAAGUCGUUGCUGAUGGAGCUGCGCUCCCUGAGAAGAGCUCACUCUCGGGUGCUCAGAGUUGA